ACAUUGAGCUCCUGCUCACUAAUCUUCCAGGUGACUCCCAGCCAUGAAGACACUAGUCCUCCUCUCUGCCCUCGUUCUGCUGGCCUUCCAGGUCCAGGCUGAUCCUAUCCAAAACACAGAUGAAGAGACUAAAACUGAGGAGCAGCCAGAGGAAGAGGACCAGGCUGUUUCUGUCUCCUUUGGAGGCACAGAAGGCUCUGCUCUUCAAGAUGUAGCCCAAAGAAGGUUUCCGUGGUGCCGGAAGUGCCGAGUGUGCCAGAAGUGCCAAGUGUGCCAGAAGUGCCCUGUGUGCCCGACAUGCCCCCAGUGCCCAAAGCAGCCAUUGUGCGAAGAAAGGCAAAAUAAAACUGCAAUCACCACCCAAGCUCCAAAUACACAGCAUAAAGGCUGUUGAGCUGAAUGUGGAAUCUGGGUUGAGAUGACCAUUUGCUUUUGGUCCUCACGAUCCCAUUGUGCUUAGCCUCAAUUGCAAUUCCUUCUCUCAUAAACUCCUUGCUGAAAAAUC